UAUAUGUAUGCGCUCUCAUGUGCCGUCCUCCGUGUAUGCUGGGGUCUCGAAGACUUGUUAAGUUUUUUAACCGCAUCCGCUGUCAUAUGUGCAUCUCGACACAGCCUAUGCUGGUGUUUAUCCCGAUUUUGCCCAGGUCGACCGUAUUUCAAUUUCCCUGCAAUCGAAUGUCUAACAUCUAUACUUCUAAUCCUUUCUUCUGUGUCACGAGAGCAAUAAAUCCCUUUUCAUCCGUCUAGUUUUUUCGUUUUCUCAUACAACUUUAAAAGGAAACGUGGGAAAGAUAGUUCGACACUUUAAAACUAUGAAUGCGACACCCUUGUACUUUCGUAAGCUGUUCACGGGUUCACGUGAGCUGAAUUACGGCAACACGGUGCUGGUACGACGUGACAACGGCCACUGGUGGUUAGGAUACGUUCAGGAUAUCGAUGGCCCGAACUUCUUCGUGGAUUUCGAUGCCCGUAGCAUCAGCGCCCAUUGGAUUCACUCAAGCCGUCUUUGGCACCAUUUCAUCGCCCGUGAACCAUCGGACCAAGGCUUCGCGGUUCAAAUUGCGCUGCGACGUACCCCUGCUGAUCCGAUGAUUUUCUGGCCGGGAACCAUUAAAGACAGUGAGACAGAGCCAUUCUACGCUGUAUGUCUGAGUGGAGACCUUCCUCCCGGGCUACCACGACAGCAUAUCGUACACUGGAAUCUCUGCGCCAAGGACCUGCCGUUGCCGGAUGACGGGGGAAGUUUUUUUGAUCGAUCUACCGGGUUUCUGUAUAAGAAACAUAUCACUGCCUUUCCCGAAGCUUCGCUGCUGCUCGACAUAGAUUUCCUUCAAAUGUUCCUGGCUCGCACAUGCCGACUUGUGUUGGGAAGCGGGAAUAAUAUUUGUGACGCGAACUGUUACUUUAGUCCACAGGUUUACGUGGACGAGGUUCAAUUCGUUUGUAAUUCCCACCAUCAGGAAUAUUCCAUCGGAGUGGGAUGUCGAAUGUUCGUGCGAUUGGGAGCUGAUGCGGUCAGUUUUGUCUGUGCUGAAAUGCUGAGUGAUGAAGACGGUUGCAGCAUGUUGUGGGACGAAGAAUCACUGAAAAAAGCAUGCGAUCAAUAUCUCGAAGAGAUGCUAGCAGUAUGUAGAGCCAACGGAUAUGGACACAGUUCCCCUGUACGCGCUUCCACAUGGUCAGCGCGGCCGGGAGUGACUGUCGAAAUACGCAAGAAAUGCCCAUCACCGAACUUCCGCAUCCGAUCAUGGCUUCUAUACUUCUCACUCUGGAUGUAACUUCCCAGUUUCGGAUGAGCAGGGUAUGUGCGCUGUGGAGAUUAAUCUAUCACCAGUACGUGAAUCAUCAGUACGUUCUUUUCGAUCUCGGCACAACGGGGGAUAAUAAGAUACCACCUGUUUUAUCAGAACACUCCGGUAAAUUUGGCGAUCUCGGCGAAGAUUGCAUUUUGCAUGCAUAUGCUGAAUUUGUCGCGUAUAAACUGGUAGCCAUGCUGGACAGCAUAUGUGUCCUGCGUACACAGACGCUGGCGCUGAUGCAAUCAAAGAAACACGUUUUUGGCGACCAGUUCGAUCUCUUCACAGUAGUGACCACUACCGAGACCGUAUUAGCCAGCAAGAGCAUCCGGAUGCCGAUGCUUAUUGUGAAAAACGAUAGCGACACCGUUUUCAAGCCGAGCUUCCUGGACAUCAAGCGUAAUCAUCGUAGCGGAAUAUGGGAGUGCAGUACUGGUCUGUCGAAGAUUAUGGCGGUGUGUGAUGAGUUUGUACUGAUCAACGUCACGGCGGAACACUUGAUCACCCAAGCCGCGAUGCGUAUGUUGCAGCGGGAUGGUGCAUCCGUUUCCUGUGUCCGAGAGCGCGCUGAUACGCAGAGAUUUGAAGGACAUUGUGCGAUGCCCCGUAAACAUUCCGUAUCUUCGCUUCCGCUCUGUUGAAACUCCUGCUGAGCAGGCCCGAAGUCUUUUAGUCGCGGCCAACGACCACUGUCCGGCCGUUAAUCAGCGGGUGUUUGAAAAGGUUACAACGAUGCAUGCGCGCUGGGUGAAAACGUUGGCUUAUCCGGAAGAGUGGAGUAGCAUUCGCGUUUUCCUUCGAAUAUUCAAUACUCUGAGCCCUGAUCACCUUACGCAGCGAUGGGAUACUAUGGACCUUCGCAAACUGGAUAUUGGGGCAUUAACCCCUGUCACCUUUGUGGCACUGGAUGGAUGCUUCGAAGACUAAAGCCGUUUUUGGAGAAAAAGGUUUUCAUGGCAUCACCAAUGCGACCAUCGUUUCGAUCGUGUUUUGUUUGUUGCAAUGGUAAGCACUUCAGCGCGAAGUGUGGUGUUCUGAGUCGAAUAAAAUGUUGCUUAUACACUUCUGUACAGGGAUCCCGCCUGUUAAUGCUCUUGAUCAUACUUUUUGCAUUUGAAACGGUUACAUAGAAGUUGU